AUGUCUGGCGCAAACAACAGUAUCAAGGUUGUCGCCCGAUUCCGUCCACAGAACAAAGUGGAACUGGCGUCGGGCGGCCAGCCCAUUGUCUCCUUCAGCAGUGAGGAAACAUGUACUCUGGACUCCAAGGAGGCCCAAGGCUCCUUCACCUUCGACCGUGUCUUCGACAUGGAGUGUAAGCAGUCCGAUAUUUUCGACUUUUCCAUCCGAUCGACCGUCGAUGAUAUUCUCAAUGGUUACAACGGAACCGUCUUUGCCUAUGGUCAGACGGGUGCCGGAAAGUCCUACACCAUGAUGGGUUCCAGCAUCGACGACGAGGAGGGGCGAGGUAUUAUCCCCCGUAUCGUCGAACAAAUCUUCGCCAGUAUCAUGUCUAGUCCCAGCACUAUCGAGUACACGGUUCGAGUCAGUUAUAUGGAAAUCUACAUGGAGAGGAUUCGCGAUUUGCUUGCGCCUCAAAACGACAACCUUCCCGUCCACGAAGAAAAGAAUCGCGGUGUCUACGUCAAGGGCCUUCUCGAGGUCUAUGUCUCCAGCGUCCAGGAAGUCUACGAGGUUAUGAGAAGAGGUGGAAACGCCCGAGCCGUUUCUGCAACCAACAUGAACCAGGAAUCUUCCCGCUCGCAUUCCAUCUUCGUCGUCACCAUUACCCAAAAGAAUGUCGAGACCGGAUCGGCAAAGAGUGGUCAGCUUUUCCUGGUCGAUUUGGCCGGUAGCGAAAAGGUUGGAAAGACCGGCGCCAGUGGUCAGACGCUGGAGGAAGCAAAGAAGAUCAACAAGAGUUUGAGUGCUCUCGGAAUGGUCAUCAACGCCUUGACCGACGGCAGAUCAUCCCACGUCCCCUACCGCGAUUCCAAGUUGACCCGUAUCCUCCAAGAAUCUCUUGGAGGUAACAGUCGGACAACACUCAUCAUUAAUUGCUCUCCCAGUAGUUACAACGACGCUGAAACCCUUGGCACCCUCCGAUUCGGUACUCGUGCAAAGGCAAUCAAGAACAAGGCCAAGAUCAACGCCGAGCUCAGUCCCUCCGAACUCAAGGCACUGCUCGGCAAGGCCAGAGGCCAAAUUUCGACUUUCGAAACGUAUCUCUCAAAUUUGGAAGGCGAAGUUCAGCUCUGGCGUGCCGGAGAGGCCGUUCCUAAGGACAGAUGGGUGGCCCCCUUGUCCGCAGAUGGCGUAGCUGGGACUAAAGCCGAAGCAAAGGCGCCUCGUCCUUCAACACCAUCCCGCCUCCUACCCGACAGCAGAUCCGAGACCCCAGCCAUCUCCGAGCGGUCAGGAACACCAAGCUUACCACUCGACAAGGAUGAGCGCGACGAGUUCCUGCGCCGGGAGAACGAGCUCCAGGACCAGAUUGCCGAGAAGGAGUCUCAGUACAACGCAGCAGAAAAGACUCUUCGGGAGACCAAGGAGGAGCUUGCCUACCUCAAGGAGCACGAUGCGAAGACUGGGAAGGAAAAUGAGAAGCUGAACGGGGAGGUGAACGAGGUCAAGAUGCAGAUUGAGCGACUUACCUUUGAGGGCAAGGAGGCGCAGAUCACCAUGGAUGCGCUCAAGGAGCAAAACGCCGAGCUGACUGCGGAGCUGGACGAGGUCAAGCAGCAGCUUCUGGACGUGAAGAUGAGCGCCAAGGAAACAAGUGCCGUCCUCGAUGAGAAGGAGAAGAAGAAGGCUGAGAAGAUGGCCAAGAUGAUGGCUGGCUUCGACCUCGGGGCCGAUGUGUUCAGCGACAACGAGAAGGCCAUCUCGGAGGCUAUUUCCCAACUGGAGGCCCUUCACGAGGUCAGCUCCACUGGCGAGGUUGUCAACCCAGAUGAGCUUCAGGCUCUGAAGUCACGCUUCGUCGAGAUCCAAGGAAUCGUUAGACAAGCUGAGCUGUCUGUCUACAGUGCUUCCUCGAGCGAAGCAGAUGCCCGUCGCAGAGCCGAGCUCGAAGACCGCCUCUCGGCUCUUCAGCAGGAGUACGAGGAGCUCUUGACCCGCAACCUUGGGGAGAACGAUGUCGAGGAGAUCAAGGCUCGCCUGGAGAGUGCCUACUCCAACAAGCAGACCACGUCCAUGGAGCUUGUUGAUGAGCUCAAGGCCGAGAUUGCCCAGAAGGCUGCCGAGAACUCCAAGAUGAAGACUCUUAUCGAGGAUCUUCAACAGAGAGUCAAGGCUGGUACCGCCGCGCCCAUGGCGAACGGCAAGUCGAUUCAGCAACAGAUUGCCGAGUUCGACAUUAUGAAGAAGAGCCUUAUGCGCGAUCUUCAGAACCGUUGCGAACGUGUGGUUGAGCUCGAAAUCUCGCUUGACGAGACAAGAGAGCAGUAUAACAACGUGCUCCGCUCAUCCAACAACCGGGCCCAACAGAAAAAGAUGGCCUUCCUGGAGAGGAACCUUGAGCAGCUUACUCAGGUUCAGCGCCAGCUCGUCGAGCAGAACUCGGCACUGAAGAAGGAGGUGGCCAUUGCUGAGCGUAAACUCAUUGCUCGUAACGAGCGCAUCCAGAGCUUGGAGAGCCUGCUACAGGAUAGCCAGGAGAAGAUGGCUUCUGCGAACCACAAGUUUGAGGUUCAGCUUGCUGCUGUCAAGGAGAGGCUAGAGGCAGCCAAGGCUGGCAGCACUCGCGGCCUGAACUCUCCCUCGCUGGGCGGCUUCAGCUUCUCUGGUGCUGGCAGCCGCAUCGCCAAACCCCUCCGUGGCGGUGGUGCUGAUAACCAGGGACCUUCCAUCCCUGUCAUCAACAGCAUCCAGCAGAACGAGGGCAGUGCCGGCAAGCGAAGCAGUUGGUUCUUCUCUCAGAAGUCUUAA